CCUGAUAUACCGUCCAGAGUCACUCUCAAAGACGACACCAGUCUAGAAACAACUCGCUCGUUUUACAACAGUAUUCUAUCUUUUCGACAACUCAACAUUUUGUUGUGAACGGCUAAUAUCAAUAUGGCCUUUUCCUUUCUGAAAUCUGCUGCGGACUUGGUACUCGGUCCUGAGUUUGGUGAAAGUGUUGGUGGUGCCCCCUCUGCAAAGAAACGGCCACUAAAAAACGAUUUACUGACAAUCUGCGAGACGUUGAGGUCACUUUGCGGCAUUCUGGAGGCCAACAUCCAGACAGAAGUAGACAGAUUAAAAACUGGUUUGGAAGUCAGCAAAGUGGAAGCAUAUGCCGAGAUCUACCGGAGAGGGGCGGACAUAAUUAAGAAACUGACACAAGAAAUAGUUAAAUCUGUCAACGCGGAGCAGGACAGGCUGAUAAAAGAUUUAGAAAGUUGUAUUGUAACUUCUAAGAAUGACGUUGACACAACAUUCACUAAAAAUAAACAGUUAUUGGCUAAAGCAAAACAAAACUUAAAACUGGGUGAAAACCUCAUAACAUCAGGAUCAGAUGCUGACAUCGAAACAGAUAUUGAUAAAUUACAAAAAUUAGCGUCAGAAAUUUCUGAAACAAAUCGUAAGCCUGAAAUUGUCGAGUUGAAAAUUACUUUGAACUACUCGAUAAAGAAAAACACUGAAACUUUUUCUGUUAACAUUGGAGAAAUAUGUAAACCCUACAUAAUAUAUCUGGAAAAACCAGGCAGAAAUUAUUACAUACCGAACCUGGCAGACACCCGGCCAGACAGGCGGACAGACAGACUGAUACUGACAGAUACACUUCAAACAAAGAUAUCAUCAGAUGAACGUGAUCCUCGUCUACAAUCAAUUGCGGUUCUGGAAAGGGAAAAGAAAUUUGUUGUAAGUGAUCGUAACAACGAAUGUAUAAAAUGUUUCUCUACUGAAAUCUCUAAAUUUUUAUUUAAAUACAAACUUCCCUGUCCACCAUUCGGUCUUGCUAGGUUAGAUUACCAUCAGGUUGUUGUCGCCUUGCCAGAUGAACAUCAAAUAUUUUAUCUGGAUAUCCAAGACGACAUCCACCGGACAAACACACUGAACACUGAGAAACGGUACUGCUACAUAACAGUGUUAGCUAGCAACCGUCUGGCAGUCGGUGAGUGGUGUGGUGUGUGUGUAGACAUACUGGAUGAGAGGGGUCGCGUUAUUCAGUCUCUCCCCCGCGAUUUGUCCCCCGGCCCAACACGCCUCACAGUGACAGGCCAUUAUCUGAAGGUUGUAUCAAAGUUAGACGACAGUUUGAAAUCUGUGUCGUCAUCAGGACGCGUCACGUGGCAGUCACAUGUAUCAGCAAGGCUACGUUAUCUAGUCGAUGUCGCGCAAGACUAUGAAGACUUUCUUUAUGUUUGUGAUGAUCAGAGAAAUUGUAUUGUCCAGUUGUCACGUGAUGGAGAGGUCAUCCGUGAAGUCAUCACGGACCAGGAUGGAAUUUCCGGACCACUGUCUGUCUGUUGUGAUCGGGAUGAACUUUAUGUCGCCCAGAAAGAUGCACACGUUAAAAUAUUUACAUGGAGAAAAGCUAACCCAUGAAACUCUUCCAACUGACUUUGUGUUUGUGAAAUGAGAUCGUUUAAAAUAACAAAACAGAUUAAAUACUUUAAUACUUUUAGUAAACGUCCAGUCAAACAGUUACUAAUUAAUGCAUUAGCUAAUUAAAUUUCAAGAUCUAAUUAAAAACAAUGUCUGGUAAUAUUAUACACAAAAUACAAUUACAAGUUUUAUAUUAAAGACAACUGAACGGUUCGAACCAUUUACUAAUUAAUUUAAUUAAAUGAUUAAACAUAUUUUAUUAAGGUAAGAUCAGGAAGAAAAUAUGCAAAAUCAACAAAGAAAAAAUAUUAUUAAUUAACUAAUUAAUUAAUUUUAAUGUUUUAUUUCUUUCUGUUUCUAAAAAAAAUGACGGAGUAUUAAUGUAGUGUCAAGACAAAACUUAUAGAAAUGUUUAUCAGCUGAUUAAUAUUCUUACCUGUUCACAACUGAAUCUGCUUUGAUGAUGAAACACAACAGAAAAUAUGAAACCCAACAACGCGAAACAUUUCACACAUGUUUCAAUGGGAGCGGGAACGCAAGCGAGAGGUACACCUGCCCAUCGAUGCGGGGAGGGAGAUAUGUAUCUUUAUUUACAAAAAAAAAGAACAGUAAAAAGAAACAUAAAAACUAAAAAUGUUCCUCUUCAAAUGGGGGUAUGCCUACUGCCUCUCCCCCACCAACCACCACCAUCACCCCUCCCACGAGUCUGAUGAGUUGACUAAUCAUUACGUUUAGUAAAUUUGCAUUUUGUUUGGUAGUUCAUGGCUUAAGAUUGUAUCAAAUGGCAUUUGGAGGUUUUCGCCCAGGUUUUAUAAUCAUUUGGACAUAUUUUAUUUAUUUUAUUACUUUCUUUGUUUAAACUUUUUUUGUCAUUGUCUUCAUGCUGUACCAAAUAUGGAAUGUUUACAUUAAAUACAAUGAUCUUAUAUUGGCAAGUUCUGCUCCGUGUAGGCAUGUAUAUGUUUAAAUAUGUUUAACAUUCAUUUUUGUAUAUACUUAUUUUAUCCAUGGCGCAUGUGCAAUUGGGGGGAGGGGGGUACAUUUUGUUUGUUUCCAAUAUAUUUUUCGGGGGAGUAUGGCUCGACCCCUAACUCACAUCACCAUCACCAUAUAUUUUUAUCACCAGUCCAGAUUAACCCUACCCGCUAAAACCCAUGCACACCAAUUAUCUUAUCUUGGCAAGUUCCGCCUAUAUAUGUUUAACAUUCGUUUUUGUAUAUACUUAUUUUAUCACUGGCGCAUGUGCAGAUGGAGGAGGGGGAGAGGGGGGGGGGGGGGGGACAUUUAGUUUUUUCUAAUUUAUUUUUCGGGGGAGUAUGACUCGACCCCCCCCCCCUCCCCCCCCCCCCCCCCCCCCAUAAACUUCGAUCAUCAGUCUAGAGCCAGAUACCCUCCCCACUAAAAUUCCUGCACACGCGUCUGUAUCACGCAACAUGUCGGUUAUGAUGUUGUUAAAAACUAAUGUAUAUAUAUAUUUAAUUUUUAUGUUCAUUUUGGUAUAUAGUUAAUAUAGUUAUAGAGUAAUAUGUUUAUGGAACGUUAUCUACAAUGCCGUUCACGAAAUAAAUGCAUGCAUCUGGCUACAUAUGUUUUUAAAUAUCUAAUAAGGGCCGUCAUAUCCUUGACCCCCCGACUUUAUCUACCUAAGUAGGUUUAUGAGGUGAUAAGGGGUCAGUAGCACAUGUAUAUAGGUUGGAAUUUCAAACCAGUGCCGUUUGACUCUGGAAGUGGUGCUGGUCCCUUCCACUUUUGUCUUUACAAGUAUGCAAAUGGUAGAUAAGCUAAUUAACUUAAAAUGUAGCCUAGUACAAUGUGAUUCAGAAACUUAACUUGUUUUUAUCAUUACAGAUCCGUACGGAGAAGGGGGCAAGGGAUGUAGGGUCAGUUGCACGCCUAAAUAAAUUGUUGUUGUUAUUUUUAAUCAACAGGCGACUUUUCUGGGCACAGACCCUCUAUUACUAUACACCGACUCUUUUUGAACUGACACCCCUCUUAGUUCAGACUAAGUACGGACCUGCAUUAUUUACAUUUAUGAUCCCCCUCCUCUACUGUUUUGAUCUGUCAGACGGGCCUGACAAAAUAAUUACAUCAACUGUGAGAUAUAUAAAUAUGUACAUAACCACAUGUUUACACGCUGUUGCACUGUGUAGCAGUAAUUAAUCAAGCACUUUGUAUGCCUUGUAACCAAAUAAAUAUGUAUUGUUAAAAA